UCCCAAUAAAAAUUUAGAAAAAUUCAAGGCUCCCGUAUAAGGAUGUCUUCAGUAUUUGUUUGAAUUAAGGAAUUAGUAUCGAUCUACUUCUCUCCGAGUCACGUAAACAUAAGUGUAAAGUAUUCCAAAAAAUUGAGACAAAUUGAACGAACGCAUUAUAACCAUGUCGUCGAUAUUUCUUCGAAUGAAAACGGAAAAACCAUAAAUACCAAACAAUUCAAUUUAACGAUCUUUCAAAUAAUGCAAGCGUUAAAUGUUAAAAUUAAGCGUCUCUCUACGGACAGCUAUAAAUAUUCAACGCUUGCAUUUUUGAACGGCUCGAGUGUCGGUAAUGUAACGGAUGUCGAUCGCGUAUCGAUAAAAGAUCCAGGGAGGAGAAGGGGAAGGGGGUGAAAAUUGUGGAGAUUGUAGACCGGUCAGGAUCGAUUUGGGCCGAUUUACAUUCGCGCGGCUCGUACAUGAUCGGUGUAUGCACCGAGCCGUGAAUGGGGAAAGGAGGGUGGGAGUUGUGAGCAAAAGGGUGGCGCUGGGGUUAAAUGCACGUCCCCGUGAAGGGGUUGCGAGAGGACAACGGACGCGGAGAAACCGUGCGAGAGGGACGCACCGUUAGAAAAACCAGUCGCUCAAAGGAGGAGUAAACAAGGACGGGAGAAAAACACCGCAGGAUUUUUGUAGACGGCCGUCUGGCUUGAAAAUUUACCAGACCAGAAGAAAUUGUCCUUCGAUGACAAUGUUGACUAGAGCUUCCCCUAUCGUUCGGCCCGUGGUCGUCGCGCGUCUUCUAGUCCCGUCGAACGACCACACGAAUCGGAAAAUAGUCGUUCGAUUAUUUUUUUUUUAAAUCUAAAUCGAGAGGAAUACGAAGAAUUAUACAUCAUAUAUUUAUCAAAUAUAAAAAAAAAAUACUUUCUUGGCUAAAGACGAUAAAUGAAAAAAAAAAUACUGUAUACGUACACGUAUAUAAACAACACCUUCUCAUUUAUGAUCGUCAACCGGAAGAAUUUUGUUUCUGCCCACAUGUCGAAUUUGUUUUGGACCGUGCAGUUUCACCCACGGUGAAAAACACACGCGUAACGAUCAAACGAGGGGGUUGAAAACGUUCUACGGACAAAACGGACCGCUUAAUUCUACCACAAUGCGGAUUAUUUCUGUAAACAGAGGCAUAACCAACGUCGCUUUAUGGGCACGGUUUAAGAGAGACUCUUUCUGUUACCCCGCUUUUUGAACAUUCAAAGGCAGCGACGAAAAUUUAUUAAAAAAUGACUGCUGGAAAUAGCGUGUCCCUUUCUUCUCGCUUCGUCCUUUAUUUCGUUCCGUUUCGGUCAACGUUUCUUUUCUCCCGUCCUAGAGAGACCCCAUGAAACGACAUUUCCCCUCCGCCUCGAUCGUCGAAUUAAAUGAACCGCGAAACGUCUGAGGCAGCCACCGCGAUAAGUGCAGCCCUCUAAAUCGUAUUAAACGUCAGGUGACAUUUUCACGCGGCCUGUUCCGUAUUCCGUCCGUUCCCGCAGUCCAAUAUUCUUCGCUCCUAAUUGCGUGCCAGAGGGUAAACGCUUCUUUUCUUGGAUCAUUCGCCCGCCGGCUCGCCCUAUCGAUUUUACACGUUACAUAAACCACCACCACACCCCCCCCCCCUCCCCUCUUCCCCCCCGCGCCAAAACCGAGACGUCUUGCGAAACCCAUUCGAAUUCACCCUAGGAAUCAAGAUCCCGACGAUAAUUAAGCGCGCUACCUUAUUGGCUAGUUGCACUUUUAACCGACAACCCCCACUCGAUGUGCUUUCACACUUUUUUUUUGUAACAUUUUUUUUUAUCGCUCGCUAUUUUUAUUCGCUCGUUCGCGUGUACCCACGAACGAUUCCACGGGACCUUUGUACUUAUUACUUUCCGUUUGAACCCUUCUCGAAAUACAUUAUUUGUAGAGUAUCGUUACUCGAGUAUUACUAUUCGAACACCUCUUUUGGAAUAUCACUGUUUGAAUAUCAUAAUUCCAAUAACUCUUUACGAAUAUUAUAGGUUGGGUAUUAGGAUUUGAGUACCCCUAUUCGAAUAUCAUAGCUUGAAUGUUACCGUUCGAAUACCCCUAUUCGAAUACCAUUGUUCGGAAUAUCAUAAAUCAAAUACCUCUUUUCGAACAUUACAGUUUGGAUAUUAUCGUUUGAAUACCGCUAUUCGAACACCAUAGCCUGCAUGUUACCGUUUGAAUACCACCAUUCGAAUAUCGCUACUCAAACACAAUUACCCAAACACUACUCUUCAAGUAUCAACAUUCAAUCAGAAAAGUAUCCACAAUUCCCGGUGCGCUAUUUAAAUACCCCCCUCCCCCCGAACAAACAUUAACUUUCCACUUCCGUCUUACGAUUUCUCAUCAGCUGGUCCAAACCAAGACAAUUCUCAGAAGAUGCAUGAAAUAUCGAAGUCCCCUCGCAGAACACCAUCCACGAAUAUCUACUUCCUUCCCAAUUUUUAUCAAUUAAUCACGCUACCGCGAAUUCUCAAAAAAACCGACUCGCCCUGAUACUUCGAUGCUUAAAAAUUGAAAAUGUGACUACACAACGAACCGUAUAAACGGAAAUGAUAGAAAGACAAAAAAAUAAAAAAUAUAAAAAAUAUAUAUAGUCAUGUAUAUAUAUAUAUAUAUAAAUAUACAUAUAUACGAAGUGUGAGGGAAAGAGAGGGGGCCACAGUUGCACGCGGUGGAGUAGCAAGAGGGGUUGAAAGGGGUAAACGAGAGCGUGGCCGAGGGAGAGGCGGCGAAGCAGGCAACGAGAGCGAGGAGGACGAAAGAGGGAAAUGCACGAGAGCUGCCGCGAAGGGGUGGGAAGGACGAGGAUGCCCAUUGUAGAUGAACAAGGACGAGACGUUACGCGGUGGUAGGGGACGGACGAAGAGAGACGCGUUGAUCGAAGAGGGAGGGCCAGCUGACAGGCCGAUGGAUGAAGAGAGACGGCUCUCGGAGGGCGAGGGAGAGAGGCCAGGGGGCCUGUAGAGGGGCUGAGGGAAGGGAACCUCUGGCAACGGGUCGAUCGAAAGCGCAGCGCAGAGAAAUGCACCACCUCUGCUCUGGUCUGGCAGCUUUGCUGGCACACCACCGCGUCCGCGUUCGUUAGAAAGGGAAGCAGGACGGAGAGAGAGAGGGAUAGCCAGCGACCAAUACCGACGCAGGGGGAGGACGAGCCAAGCCGACUCGCGUUGGGCUAGGUCAGGUCUACCCGAGUUCCACACACCGCUCUCUGCGUGUGCCAUCCGAAGUAGACCCCGAAGGCGGAGGCCACCUUCGAAAAAAAAAACAACAAAAACGGGUCGCGAAAACGCGAAAUCGCGGGACCCUCGUGUCCGAGCCGCCCCCUCUUCGAGUCAGGUGUCAUUUUUCGGAUUACGGUCAGCGGGAAACGAACGGUCGUUACGUGUGCUUCGAGCGGUUCGUCGAACGAUCGGCAAACCGCGAUCCCCAGUGAUCGAGGGAUAAGGGUGGCACGAAGAGAGGCUCGUCCUCGACGAGGAUACGUCCCGAUCGUUCGCAAACGGUCCGCGACGGUGUUUCGUGCGUCCGGUACCCGCCGGUUGUUACACCUGGGAAAGUAAAAACGGGGGUGGGUGGAGGGGGUGGUUAGACCGAAGGAGGUGAAGUGCGUCGGAAGUGGCUCGCGUGUGCGUUUCCGUGAGGAAUUUAGAGAGAAAGAGAGAGUUACGUGUGGAUCCACGGAUAGUUCACGACGAAUAUCAACGAUUCUGGUUAAUCGUGUAGGAGGUGGGGGAGCGCGGGGGUGGUGCGGAUCGAAGGGGUCUGGGACCGCGAGGUGCUACUCGGAGGGAUUGUUGUUGAUAAACAGCGAGAAGGGAGAGAGUGGUCCAACGGUUGAUCCGGGUGCAACGGCAGCGCCAGGUUCCAACCAAUUUCGUUUUCUCGAUGUCCUGAUAAUCGAUAGAAGCGUCGUGAAUAGGUGGUGAGAGGACCGGCUCUGCGUGGGGGAGCCGGCAGCGAUCGGCCUUAUCGACGCUCGACGAAUUUUUGCGCCUCGUCGUGAAACGGGGGUGGUGCAAUUCGGUUAAUUAAAUGUUGAGCAACACCGGCGCGUUACGUCCCUCAACGCGAGGCCGGCCGUGGGUCCCGGGUGUCCACAGACUCGGCGGGAUGCCGAUCUCCCUGAGAAAUCACAGGAUCACGUAGAAGGGGAAACGAGGGGUGACCGUUUCAUUUUUUAUCCGCAACGAAAAUCAACCCUCCGGGCCACCAGCACCGUGACCAACCGCAACGCGGACUCGAAGGAGCUGGUCGCGCGAACCGAUGCACCAAAAGUGAAGGAUGGAGGCCAGCGAGUGGGAUCACGCGACCUUGAGGGAAGAGGAAUUCGAGCAGCAUGCCGUGUAUUUGGUACCGGAUGUGGCGGCGUCGUCGGGCGACACCAAUCGCGCGGAAGCGUCCCUGCCGAGAAAUUUGGUCCUCAAGCCCUCUCAGGCCCUCAACGAUGUACGUUCCUCCGCCAAAGAAUCAUUUCUCGAGACCUCCUUGGCUUUGGGAGUAUGGAGCACGAGCUACAUCCCCAAAGGGACGAGAUUUGGCCCUCUGGUGGGCCAAGUGUACACCAAGGAUUCUGUACCAGCCGACGCGAACCGGAAGUACUUCUGGAGGGUGUACAAGAACAACGAGCUGUUCUACUACAUCGACGGUUACGACGUGCAGAAAUCGAAUUGGAUGCGUUACGUAAACCCGGCUUAUUCGUCCGAAUCGCAGAACCUAAUAGCAUGCCAGUAUAAGAUGAACAUUUAUUUUUACACAAUCAAGCCGAUACUACCGAACCAAGAACUUAUGGUGUGGUACUGCCGAGAGUUCGCGGAAAGGCUCAAUUACCCCCUAACGGGCGAACUGAUGCUUCAAAGAAUACGACAACAAGUACAACAAUCGGCGUUACCAACCGAGAUCAUCCCCCCGAGCGUGGACGUGGUGUCGCCCCUGAAGGACUCGUCGAUCUACGAGCGACGCUCGCAGAUGACCCCUACCGACGGCUCCGUCAGAUCGGACGAGGGCUACCACUCCAACUACCACGACGAGAUCCUCACGCCCCCCGAGGAGAGCAGCGAGUCCGACUCGGAGAACAACUACGUGCUGGACUUCAGCAAGAACGCGAAGACGUCCGUGUGCGCCAACGAGGUGCUCAAGCAGGACAACGCCGCGGCGAAGAACGAGUACAGGAAGGUGAAGAUCAAGAUCACGAAGACUUACGGGAACUUCCAGGCGGCGAAGAGCCUAGAGGGGAACGGAAAGGACAAGGACCAGGAGCUCUCGAGCAGAGCGGUGACACCGGAGCUUCAGAAGCCCAUGUCCCCCGUGAUCCUCCAGAAGAACUCCGUUCUGUCCACCGUCAACGAGGACGAGAUAGAGAAGGCCCCGAAACCGUUCUACGAGCCCGAAGCGAAGGGCAACAUGCCCGUUUCCGGGAGGCCAGCCUACCUAACCAGCCCCAGCAGUUCCAUUCUCGAGAACAUCCUCCUCCGCAGCAGCACCGACAACAACAACAACAACAGCCACAACCACCACCACAACGGCGUCCAGCAACACCACCAGCACCACCAGAUCCAUCACCAGACCCAUCUGGACUCCGUCACCCCACCGCCGUCCAGCCCCACGGAGAUGGCGUACUCUUACAAGAAGUCCCAUCGCUACGGAAACAUCCUCCCCUGCAGCCCUGACUCCAGCUCGAACCUACCGAUGCAGGCGGACGCAUGCGUCAAUUCUACCAGCGGGAACAGCGCCCUCCCCAUGCAGAGCCCCACCAGCAACCUGCACUCCAGCACGGGGAGCCUCCACUCGAGCACGGGGAACCUCCACUCCAGCACAGGGCCCAACGUCCUCCAGUCCCAUCCCGGUAGCAUCCAUUCAUCCAGCAACGCGAGCAACCACCACACCGCCGCGAACGUCCUCUCCUCCAGCACGAUACUGACGUCCACCAGCAACCUCCAUUCCUCCACGACGAGCUGCCCCGCUAAAAGGAAGACCAAGAGCCCGUCGCCAUCCGCGAACCCCACGGGACCGUCCACCCCCACGAUCCUCUACUCCAGCUCGGGCGGUUGUCAGAUUGAGUCCAGCCAGGUGUACCCGGGCUCAACGGUGAGCAGCAACCAGAGCGUCUCGCCCAUCUCGCCCAUCCAAUCGCCCUCGUCCUACCCUUACGGCAUCUACCAUCAAAACGGCUCGCUGCACCACAACGUGGCACCCUUGACCAUCAACUGCACCGCCUACUCGCCGACACCCAGUGGCAACGUCGUCUACGAGAGGCCGGACGGCAGGAGGCUGGAGGCCGCAACCAGCAGCCACCAGCUGCCCACCUCCUCCACCAUGCAGAUCGACACCAACCAAGCGUUGAUCGCUGGCACGCACAAUCUCCACCUGGGUCACCAUCCGGGACUGACCAUCCACGCGAACCCCUCGUCACUGAACCGAUACUCGCCCGCGAGUUCCCUGUCGCCGGACGACCACGGCUGCUCGCAGAGCGGCUCCCUGAGCCCCAACUCCCAGGGCUCCAGGGGCUACAGGUCGUUGCCCUACCCCCUCAAGAAGAAGGACGGCAAGAUGCACUACGAGUGCAACGUCUGCUGCAAGACCUUCGGCCAGCUCUCGAACCUCAAGGUCCACCUGAGGACGCACUCGGGCGAGAGACCGUUCAAGUGCAACGUCUGCACCAAGAGCUUCACCCAGCUGGCCCAUCUACAGAAACACCAUCUCGUUCACACUGGCGAAAAACCCCACCAAUGCGAGAUCUGCAAGAAGAGGUUCAGCUCUACCUCGAACCUAAAGACCCACUUGAGACUGCAUUCCGGCCAAAAGCCCUACGCCUGCGACCUGUGCCCCGCGAAAUUCACCCAGUUCGUUCAUUUGAAGCUGCACAAGAGGUUACACACAAACGAGAGGCCCUACACCUGCCAAGGCUGCGACAAGAAGUACAUAAGCGCUAGCGGCCUUAGGACCCACUGGAAGACGACCAGCUGCAGGCCCAACAAUAUCGAGGACGAGCUUGCCCUGGCCGCGGCCGUGGGCUCGCCGACCUACUACGAGUACGGCCCUGACAUGAAUGUCGGAACCAUGCCGAAGGAAUGCGAACUGGAGCACAUCGACAAUUACGAGAGGCACGGAUCCGCUCACGGGCCGCACUCCACGUCCCUCCACAACCUGGAGAACUCCGUGAGUCGGCCAAGCGUCAUAGAGACCUCCCAGCCUCACAUAAUCGAGUGCACCUAAGACCGGGGGUAUGAGCCCUUUCGCUCCAGCGCAAAAUCCAGCCGUGGAAUGGUAAACGAGUUGCUCACGACGAACGAAAGCGACGUCCACCCUCGCGCGCGGUGGCAGUGAAGAGAACCCCGUGCUCCUUGCGCUCGGUCGUGCUGCUCCCACGCGGAAAACGCGAGGGGGAGGAGCUUGCACGGAGAUGCCGUACGUUUCUUAAAUUUCAUUCGCCCGCGACGAGCAGCGCGCCAAUGAACUCUACGAAGACACAAGCACGGACAGGGGAGGGGGUAGAAUGAGGGCGGUGGUAAUUGCUUCGAUCGGAGAUGGACAAAAUUGAACGAGUUUAGAGAGGCUUCCGUUGACAAAAUCUAAUCAAAUGAUUCGCUCGCGAACGAACUGUUAUUAUUUCUCGAAAAAAUAAUAGUACGCCUGUUCUGUCGAUGUUUAUGCAUUUAUCGCAAAUGUAAAUAUGGGAGACUGAGUAAGAAUACGCAUAAAUGCAAGGAUACGUAAAGAACACUUUACACCGUUUAGAGGACAAACCAUACUUUCGUUUAAAUCUCGAUUCUUUACUUGAAUUUGUAAAAAUACGUGUUUGCAUAAACAUCCACGGUGUAGUUGUAAAUAAAUCGCGAUGGAGUCGUCUCGUUUUCUGGCCUGUCGAUCGAGUACAAUUUUGUCCAUCUUUGGACCCGGAGGAGGAGAAGAGAGAAAUUGACCCGAGGUUGUUGAAAAAUGUUGUUGCUUGGUUAUACUUGUUAAACGCGAAUGGAAUUAAAGCUUUUAGUACACACUCCUCCCGGAAGCCGGUUACUUUACCGUACACCGUUUAAUCGACGCGAUUCCCCCGAGCUAACGAGCGUAACAAAGUUCCUUCCUUGUAAAUACUCGUUUCUAUAUUUUUUCUAUGGUAGCCAACACGAACCAACGAAGAAUCACCCGAACUCACGAAUAACGGAGAAACGACGAGAACGGACCCGAACGAAACGAUAGGGAUUUUUUUAUUGUUUAGAAAACUCGAGUCCGUCGCAUGCUGCCAUUCCCUGAUAGAAUCGAAAAAUGGAGGGGUGGGGGGAUGUGGGGCGCGCCAAAGUCGUUCGAGCUUCUCGAUUAUCCUUCCACGGACCACCCUAGAGCCAGAGAUGGGCGAAUUUUUCGCCUAACUGCGAGCAUCGAGUCACGAGUAAAAGUUACAAACGAGGAUACGAUGGAUUCCGUCUAAGAGGCGCGUGGAUAUCCCCACCACUCGUUGGAGCUGCUCGGCUCGCGUCAGGUGGAGAGGAUAACGAGGACUCUACUCGACGCCUCUUAGACAGGACUCGCUGUAUUUCCCAACGGAAGACCAAAAAUUGACCGAUUCGUUGUUUGCUGUUGCAAAACUUCGUUCAUCUCUGCCUAAAGCGACGCUUAGAAAAGGGUACCGUACCAACGCGGUGCUCCGUCGUGCCCGUUUUACCGUUUUUUCUACUCGUAUACAAAUCGCCAGGCUUCCUCGCAAAUACUUCCAUAAAUCUUUAAAAAAAAAGUCUCUAAAAUUCUAACACAGAGAGGAGGGACUCCGACUUCCCUCCCAUUGGUCGCGCUAUCGAAACAGCGUAAAUUUUCCUUCCUCCGCGCGACGUCACGGUACCAUUUUCUACGAUGAGCUUCGGGCGGCUGAAAGUGAAAAAUCGCGGCGGAUUUUGUCGCCACCCGCCAGCAUCGGAUUUACGGAGAAAGCGCGAGGAACCAGAGAUGGGAGAAACGAUCGUUCGGGUUAAUUCUUCGAGCAACGAACAAGAGACGAACUACGUUUUCGAUCGUCGUCGUUCAUCCAUCGUUUGUGGGAUAAACGUUAAAGUUUGAGAAUUGCAUUAUUUAAACGGUCUUUGCUUGUCGUGGAUUAUUCUCGGACGAACGUUUCUCCUCGUCUCUGCGAGUGAACUAAAUUGGAGCGAGAGAGACGCGACGAUCGAAUCGAACUAACAAGAGAAACAAGAAACAAACAACAACCAGUGACGACACGACUGCAAACUAUACGAGACCUGUACCUGUAUAUACUAACAUUACUAUUAAUUACUCGAUAUAAUUUAAAGGUAAUAUAAUUAUAAGGAGCUCUAAUUUAUGAAUACCUUUAUUUUAUAUAUAUUAUGUAUAUGUACAUCGUCGUCGGUUUGGCGAGAAAAACGGUAGGCUGCGCUCGAAACGGUAAUCCCUUUUACGAAAAGAAAACCUUUUUCCAGAACGUUAUGUGGAAAAUAUCGAGUCACGAAAAAUAACAAAAAAAAUUACAAAAAUUAAUAUAAAAGCUUUCGGUGAUCGAGUAUCUAUAUAUCUAUAUUUAUACACGUUCGUAUACAUAACAUAUACAUAUAUAUAUAUAUAUAUUAAUAUAAAUAUAUAUAUGUGUGUGUAUAUAUAUAUUUUUUAGGCGUUCUUUUAUCGUGGAAUUUUCGAAACGGAAAGCAUAGUCUGAUUUUUUCAAUUCUUUCUUUCACCCCCUCCACGCGUACACACGCGCGCGUUCACCUAUACCUCGGUGAAUGCUUAGAGCAUCGAUUUUUAAAGUAACCCAACUUUUUCGUGCAUAUGGACAGGUGGAAUGAAAUUCGUAGCAAUCUGAUUAAUUUUUGGAGUUCUUCAAAUUUUUAUAUGGAUUAUUACCAGUGAAAGAUGACAAGUGGUUUUGAACGAUGAUUUCUUGUAGCAUUCAGAUUUAAAAAAUCGAAGUGAACGAAACAAAUGUAUGGAUACAAAACAGGAUUUCCUUUCCAAAGAUCAAAUGCUGUUCCGAGUAUUUAAGCAUCGGUGACUAGGUGCGCACAGCUCGUACACACAUGCCUCCGCCUAUCUUUCUAUUCUUCUCGUUUCGAACGGUUUCGUCGUCCAUCGUCGCCGAUGCGGCGAAACGAUAAUACUAGGAUCCGUGAUUUUAAUCGGCUUGAUUGAUCGUACUCUAACGAAGAAACGUUCCCUUAUCUGUCUUAUCUAAUCGCGAUCGCGCACAAAUUAAUCCCAGAAAGGGACGAAGGGAUUGGGCUCGUCGAGCCGACCACAAUUUUCCAUACGACGAGGGACGAUCUCUUGAAAAAUCGUUUCGAAAGAAAGAGGGAAUUAUUUCUUUCGGUGGUUCGAAGACUCGGGCGCGAUUCUCUAAUCGGGAACAAUCGAAAGCGCACACUAAACACGGGCACGCCUCGAGGGUGGAAGAGUAAUUCGCGGAAAUCUAGUCAAAAAUGGGGUUAAAGAGGGAGGAAUACUGAUACAACGGCUGCGUCUCGUGGAUAUUUUCGUGUAUAAUCAAAAGACAAGGUCCGCUCGAGCCUUUCCCUCGCAAUUAUCGAUUCAAAGGUAAACGACCAGCACGCAAAGAGAACAUCUAGACCUAGGAACGUUUUAGAAAACGCUACUGUGAUCGACGGGAGUUACUAAAAUUUUUCUUUUCCACGCUGGAUGCCCAUCUUUUGUGCGAUUUCGUAUCUUCCAAUUUCGCGUGGGAUACUUCGCCACUCUUCGUACUUCCACUAAGUUUUAAGCGCCGCGAUAGUCGACAGUCGAGAUAACUGAAAAAGCGCAGCCUACCAUUAGACAUGCGAAAACGGUCGAUCGUCGAACGGCGAUUCGCUGGCGUCUAACCAAAUGGGCCUUUGGGACUCGAAUAAAGCUCGAGUAGUUUGCUAGAUUCGAAUACGGGAAGGUUAUUGAACGUUCGAAUGCUUGUCUACUCGAGUACUCGGGCAUUCGAAUGCUUAUCUACUCAAAGCAUUGGUCAUUCGAAUACUUUCAACUACCGUUCAAAUACCAAUCAAUCAUCGAACAACGAGCUAUAAAAUAUCGAAACGGUCCCAAGCCCUGCUUCCAAGCGACUUUUCGAAUAGACGAAGCGCCGCUCGACGCCGACGGCGACGCAAACGAUGUAUCGCAGACUGAUAUAAGCACGAUCAUCGAUCGUCUAAAAGAAAUGAAUUUUAAAGAAGCUACGCGCGCAUCGCGAUAUACGAUUCCAAGAGCCGAACGAUCCAGAAAAACAGGAACACGAAACCUGGGAUAACUUCUUCCUUUUUCCGAAGCCUCAGUUUCGACAAAGCAGGGGAGAAAAAAGAACGGAAAAAAAAUAAAAAUAAACACACACACACAGACAGAAUUUCUCUGAAAUGAAAUCCAAAGCAACCGAAGUAUAACACACACACACACACACACACACACAAACACACACACACACAUCCGUCGUCUAUCCGUUUAGCUUGGAACGCGACAACUUCUAUGGUUCCUGCAAACGUCAUGGUGCUCGUCGUAAGAUUUCUAACGGAACUGAAGUCGUUUUUCUAUUUCACAUUCUUUUUUUCUAUUUUCUCAUUUUCUUUCCGGUUAAGUUGGUAUCUUCCAUUGCUCCGCCGUCACCCUUUUCAGCUUUCGAAUCUCUCUUAUCGGGAAACGUUAACUUCGCCGCGUCGUAAGUUUUAAGGCAGCUUUAAAAAAAAAAAGAAAGAAGCAGAAGAGAAAGAGCGAAUGGGUGCGCGCAAGAGUGUACGUGUGCGUGUGUUUUUAAUUCCCCAUUGCAGCGAAACGCGAAAAUAUACAGAAAAGAAAAAAGAAACAAAAAAAAAAAGAAAAGAAACGUAAAGGGUCGUCAGGGAGGAGUGAAUCCUUCGACAAGGCCUUCGCACGCCGAACUUUGUUCUGCGGUUACGUAAACAGGCAACGUGGAAGACUCGCGGCGUUUUACCGAAUGCCUCAUGCCUAGAACGUGAAAAUUACACACGCUGUUAGCGGUCUAUUCGUCGAGAAAUACGCGCGGGACGCUGACGACCACCGCCGUCGAGACCGUGGAGGCGAAGGGAAAAAAGUGAAAAACACGAGGACUGAUCGCGCUUCGAUUCUACGGUGUUGACGUCCGGUGGCGAGUCUAGGCCUGCAUAUGAAAUCUAUGCCGCGGUAACGACACUGGAAACAGAGACCUGCGGUAUAUACCAGAGGAAAUUCUACGUUCGUUUUUCUACCCGUUGAACAGAACACAGAUGUACAUUAACGAUCGUCGGACUUAACACUUUCGCCAUCUUGGACGUACAAACGAUACUUUUUGGACUAUUGGCGACCCGAAGGGUCCUAGAACAGCCUUUCCAGAAACGGAGGAUACUAUAGUCUUCAAAAUUACAGUCAAGGAACCAUGUUCUUUGAUAAAAUUGAGAACGUUCCGAGACGAAACUCGUGGAAAUUCAAAGAGGAUGCACACACUUUCUGGUGGUUGCGUCCGAUGGCUCUACGGAUCGCCGAAAAUAAUAAUAAUUCGUGUACCAAAGGGUUCGGAGCUGACGAGAAUCGCUGCACGACCUAUCGACAAUGAUCACGCGGCUCGGUGCUUGAAGCCGGUCUGAGAAACGUUGUUCUAGAAGACGCCUGGCGGUGUUCCUGGCCUCGGUCGCAGAAGUGUUAACGAUGAACGGAUCGAUGUCGCAAGUAUAUUUUUUUAUUACGCUCGAAGUGCAAUCUCGAAUCGCGGGCGAUGGUUUCCAGUGACGUUUCGUCGAUUGUCAUUCCGUAGAUUGCCUCGAUUCCCUACCUUGCCUGCAAUAAACGCACUAUUAUAAAUAAUGAGACGAAAAGAGAGAGAGAGAGAGAGAGAGAGUGUGUGUGUGCGUGUGUGUGUACAUGUUCUGUGUGCAUGUACGAAUGAGCGAGAGGGAGAAAGUUGAACCUAGCUUGUAAGAUUUAAACUGCGGAAAAAAAGAAAAAAAAAAAGAAAAAAGGAGGAGAGGAGGAGUACGAAAGAACAUGAAAGACGGUUGUAGAGAAAUGAAAAGGAGAAACCGAGAAGAUCGUGUAAAUACCGCUGAAAGUAGAUAUGAUCGAAGGAAGCAAGCGACUAAACCGCCUCGUCAACAAAACAACAAGCAAUAUUUAGUUCUUACCAUCUCGUAAUAAUUAAACGAUAAACUCCAACUCUGUACUGUAUACGCGUGUAAGCGCUCGUAACGUAUUUAAACGACUAUAAAUUAAAUGUUAAUUAUCCUUACACUUCGUAUAUAGUAAAAUUGUUACGCAUUUAUUAUCAUUACAAUUAUUGAAUAGGUAAUGCUCAAUUAGCAUUUGUUUCUUAAAAUAAAGAAUAAAUAUAUGGCUGUUGGAUAUUUAUAUUGCA